UCUUCGUUGCAGUUUUUAUUUGGACAUGGAACGCGACGCGAAGUCUUCGAGAUGUUUAUCACGCGCAAAUUAGUGAACAAUUAGCAAAAAAUAAUCCGAGAAACUCCUAUGACGACACAGUGACAAAGUUAAAUAGUCAACAAACGCGACCAAUUGUUGACUCUGUGAGCGGGGCAUGCUGACUCAGCCACGGCGAACGACAAAGGCAGAUACGGGAUACGAGAUAAAGUCCGGCUGAGGCUCUUAUUAUAGCAUUGCUGCUUCUGUGCCUGCUACAAAGACGAAAGGCGUUGACGAAACCAGCAGCACACGCACAGAUGUAUACCAACUAAACCGCAGUGCCAUCCACUACACACUCACACACACACACACACAACACUUACGCUUACGCACACAGGGCCAGACAGCACCACCUACAACACCCAACACACAACCGCAUACGCACACACACACACAAUGUCACAUUUACCAUUGGCACUGUAUGGCUUCGGAGCAUUUUUUAUGAUUUUCUGGUUUGGCACAUGGUGUGUGCAUCUGAUCGCGAUCUGUUAUGGCAAGUACAAGCUGCACAAGAAAUCGUGCAAGUUGCCCACGGAAUCCUCACCGCUGCCGGGCGUUUCGAUACUGAAGCCACUGAUGGGCGUGGAUCCGAAUUUGCAGCACAACUUGGAAACGUUCUUUACCAUGGACUAUCCGCUAUACGAGCUGCUAUUUUGCGUGGAGGAAAAGCAUGACCCAGCCAUUAAGCUGGUGGAGCAGCUGCUGGACAAGUACCCGCAGAUAGACGCCCAGCUCUUUGUGGGCGGCUCCGAUGUGGGCGUCAAUCCUAAAAUUAACAACAUCCAUCCCGGCUAUAUGGCGGCAAAAUAUGACUUCGUCAUGAUCUCGGACAGUGGCAUAAAAAUGAAGAACGACACGCUACUGGACAUGGUCCAAAAUAUGUCCGAGCGACACGCCCUAGUGCAUCAAAUGCCCUUCACCAGCGACCGUGACGGCUUCGCGGCCACCUUCGAGAAGAUCUUCUUCGGCACGGUGCAGUCGAGGAUUUACCUGUCAGCCGACGUGCUUGGCAUCAAUUGUCACACGGGCAUGUCGUGUCUGCUGCGGAAGGCAGUCAUCGAUCAGCUGGGUGGGCUACGCGCCUUCGGCUGCUAUCUGGCCGAGGAUUUUUUCAUUGCCAAGCGCGUCACGGAACUAGGUUGGAAGAUGCGCAUAUCCAACCAGCCCGCCCUGCAAAACAGCGGCAUAUGCGACAUUGGAAGCUUUCAGGCGCGACUCAUACGAUGGGCCAAGCUGCGUGUCGCCAUGGUGCCGACCACGAUCCUGCUGGAGCCGCUGUCGGAAUGCAUGCUGCUGGGCGCACUGGCCGCCUGGUCGGCAUCGCUGCUGUUCGCCUGGGAUCCGCUGGUGUUUUAUUUGGUGCAUGUCUUGUGCUGGUUUCUGUCCGACUGGCUGCUGCUGUCCAUUGUGCAGCAUGGCUCGAUGCCGUUCCACAAAUUCGAGUUUGUCAUCGGCUGGCUGUUCAGGGAGCUCUCCGGCCCCUAUCUGUUCCUGCACGCGCUCUGGAAUCCCGCCAUACGCUGGCGCACGCGCACCUUUAAGCUGCACUGGGGCGGCAUGGCCUACGAAUUACCGCUCAACCCACCCGCGUCCGAUUCUCUCACAGCGCCGCUGCAGCCGGCGCCCACGUUGUUACCGACAACAAAUACGACAAUGGGGGCGGGGCUAGCCGCAGCUAAGCAGCGACUGCUGAUCUCGUAGCAGCAGCUAGUUAGAAUUUGUUUGUUAUAUGCAUAAUUUGUACUUUUGUGAGCGACUCAGCGGACUGCGUUUUGAGCUACAGUUGAUGGUAGUAGUAUUAUUACUAGCUAAACCCUUAGUCACUAUAAAAACUUAAACAAAUUAAGUCUAAAGAUAAGUGAUCGGGCGCACAGACUAAACUCUGCUUUGCUUGUCUAAAAUCGGCCUUAGGCUUACGCAGGAUCCAGGACGCGGCAUUAAGUCUGCGCCUGAGUACUCUGCUCUUUGGCAACAUCAAGCUUUAACGGUAGCAACUUUAAAUUAAGUUGACAGUUUUGCUUUAAAUAUCUGUAGAGAUCCGUACGAUAUUUUCUAAGUUGAGACAGUUUGUAUAUUUGUAUUUAGUUAGCCUGAGAUUGAGCUGAGCGAGUAUGUAUGCAUAGGUUAGUUAGAUUUUGUUAUUGUUAUUUUGGAUUAUCGUUUAUCGUAAUUAUAAUUAGGUAUUUAUUAUUUCUAAGCGAAACAGUAUGCUGUCUUUUUUCUUCUUCUUUUUUGAUUUACCAUAUAUAUCUUUUUCACCCUGCCUCGUGCUCUGUAAAUAUGCUUCGCUAAACCGCCAUCGAAUAAAUAUAAUUUUAAUUAUAA